AUGGUGAGAACCAGAAAUCAAAGGAUGGGAAAGAUACCUCGAAAAGGAGCGACCUCAAAAUUCGCCGGUACCGGAGAAUCCUCCAACCCAGUGUGCAUCGAAGAAGAGAGCCCUACCAAUGUCGCUACAAAUUCUGUCCCCAUAUCCAGAGUUCCGUUUGGGAAACCACAAGAACAGAAAGCCAACACACCAGGUAACCAAAAUCUUCCCCUCAUCAAUCCUGAAGAUCAACCUGAAUGCAUGCCCAUUGCGGCUGAUCUAGGGGACAAUCGAAUUGUCGACCCAAACGAUCUCGUUGUGCAACUUCGGUUUGCUAUAAAUCGAGGUUGGGAACCCGAUUUAGGAUCUUAUACCAGCUCCAAAGAAAACUCGAAAGAGUCAGAGACAGAGGAAAACGAGGUCCCCCAUGAGACAAAUCGUUCUUCUUCCUCACCACAAAAUGAAGAACACACAUCACCCAUUGAAUCCCCAAUUCCAAUUUCCCGGGUCAGCGACAACCCUAGAAAACGGAACAGACCCGACCCAUUUGAAGGGGCUGAUCCUAGAGCCAAAAGGCCAAACGACUUUCCAAUACGGGCAGGACCCCCUCAACGACCGCCAAACAUUCCAUCUACACCUCCAACGAACAAAAAAUCGAAAAGAAUCAUAACAGAGGAUGAACAGGAUUGGUCACCCCAUGAAGAUAAUGAAAGCUCUGGAAAUGAAGGAAUAAUGACCAGAGCCCAAAAGAAUGCCCAACCCUCUGACAGGAUAAACCACCAACAGAAAAAAUCCACCACCAAAAGGGCUAAAUUGACCAGCAAGGCAAAAGGAAAACAGAAAGCAGUUACAACUGAUGACUUGUCAAACCUACCAAAACCUCAUAGUGCCAUCCUCUUGAAAAAGGAAUCAGCAGGUCUUUUGAAAAGAAUAGUGGGAAGGAAGAUCAUAAGCCAAAAAAUUCUUGACAUAAGCAAGCUAGACAAUCCAGACCAAAUACAAGACAUUCUAGUCACAAACCAACUUCUAGGAACAGUGACAAAGAUUGAACCCUAUGAAGAAAAGGUGGUACAGGAGUUCUAUUGCAACCUUACAAGAACCAUCUCAACACCAAGCAAUCCCAUGUAUGGCAAGGCCUACCUAAUAAACAGUGAGCAAGUUGCACAAGAACUCACAGCUGGGAAUGUCACUUUUGAGAAGAACAAAAUCAAGGCAGCAUCCUUAACAAGCAAAUAUGCCAUCCUCCAGAAGAUAGCCCUUGCCAACUGGAUGCCAUCCCUGCAUGAGUCAACUGUGAAAUGGGCCCUAGCAGAACUACUAUACAAGAUAGGGAAAGGAAUUAAAUUCAAUAUGGGAGGCAUUAUUCACUCUCAGAUUAUAAACCUGGCAGAGGACACAAAGUCCAACACCUCUCUGAUUUUCCCAAACCUUAUAUUUGCCAUCCUAGCAGAACAAGGCCUCAAAACACAUGAACCCAAAAUCAGUGUCAAGAACAUCAACACCACUGUCAAGCUAAGGAAAGGAAGUCAUCAAAACGAUCUAAAGACAACAGCACCAAGAACCAACCCUCUAGAUUCCAAGACAUUGAUCAGCUAUUUUGAAAGAAGACUAACAGAACUAGAACUCUCAGAAAAGGAGCUCCUGAGAAAACAUUUGGAUAUCAAGGAAGAAAAAGCAGAGAUAUCAGAAUGGCUAGCAGUCCUAAAAGCAAAUGACAAAGAAAAUGAAGAAGAAGAACCAGAAGAGGAACACUCUCAAGAAGGAAGGUCUUUUGGAAACUUUUGUGAAGCAGGUCUUUUGGAAGCAGAAGCAGGUCUUUUGGAAACUUUUGUGAAGCAUGUCUUUUGGAAGCAGAAGCAGGUCUUUUGUGAAGUAGCAGGAACUGAAGAACAGGAAACAGAACAGUGGAAACAGAACAGUGUUCUUAUUAUCAUUUAUUCAUCCAGCACACUGGGAGAUAAUGGUCAAAAGUCAUUGCACUUGGAGGUGGUCGAUGACAUUAAACAAGUUCUAGACGAACACAACGUAUUGAUUAAGUCGUUUAGAAUGGCUAAGACGGAAAUUGAAACUAAUCCUAGGACAGAGAUAAGAAUAAGACUAAUAGGAAAGAGGACAAAGGAUGCCAGAACAUAUAAUUUACCUACUGUAUUGGAGGUCGCCGCUCUCAUAGUUGGAGUCCUUGAUAUGUUGCUGCAUCAAGAAUAA